AAUCUCCACCCUCAGUAAUGGACAGACCGAGCUGGGCACCCACAAACGUGUGUUGCUGUCGCGCCCGCUUAACCAGACGGCUGGUGUAGGAUGGCACAGGACUCCAUCGAGGACCAUGUGGGAGGAGACUGGUCUCGCAGCGCCACCUGCUGGCCGAUGUGAGCAAAGCGUGUCACUGUGUCCUUAGUGGGAAUCGCCAUUUUUAAAUCCCACCACAAGUGGACAUUUAAAGGGGACAGUAGGCUUCGCAGGGGCUGCUUUCUCAUCAGCCCAGGGGCAACAAGUGCACCAGCCAGCUUUCAUGUCUCGGUUUGUUUCUGCAUUGUCACCAGAUGCCACCAUAUGCCCUUAAGGUGGGCCCAUGCUUCAAGUGUCAGCUGGUGACAUUCGGGAGGCUUGCAGCUGGCACAGUAGGACCCAUCUUACUAUGGAGAUGCCCCUGGAACCCGCCCUGUCCUGGCUCAGGAGGGAGCUGUCUGAGAUGCGCCAGCAGGAUCAGAGGUUGAUGGCUCAACUGAACGACCUUCAUUCCCGGAUUCGGGAACACAGGCUGGAAGCUGCAUUCUGGGCUAGCAGACACCCCAUUCAGGAGUCACAGCCGGUGAGAGGGCGCUCCACAUCGGAGGAUAUGGGCACCGCGGCUCAUAAAGAUGGCGACUCUCCAACUGCUUUACAAAUUUCUCUUCGGAGGAAUUCUGCACCCUAAUACGUCGCUUACAGGCAGCUUGCCAACCUGACGUG